GGGGGCCGCUGGGAGACGUGACGUGUUCCCUGCCGGCCCCGCCCCCGCAGGGUAUAUAAGGGGCGGCGCUCACGCCGUCGGUCUUUUUCGCUCCGGGUUUGCCGUCGCCGAGCAGGUGUCGAUUCUCUUUCGCCGAAAGAAAGACCCAGCCUUAGCCCACAUCCACCAUGGGAAAGGAGAAGACCCACAUCAACAUCGUCGUCAUCGGCCACGUCGACUCCGGCAAGUCCACCACCACCGGCCACCUCAUCUACAAAUGCGGUGGGAUCGACAAGAGGACCAUCGAGAAGUUCGAGAAGGAAGCCGCUGAGAUGGGCAAAGGCUCCUUCAAGUACGCCUGGGUGCUGGACAAGCUGAAGGCCGAGCGCGAGCGCGGCAUCACCAUCGACAUCUCCCUCUGGAAGUUUGAGACCAGCAAGUACUACGUCACCAUCAUCGACGCGCCUGGGCACAGAGACUUCAUCAAGAACAUGAUCACUGGGACCUCCCAGGCGGACUGUGCCGUGCUGAUCGUGGCUGCCGGCGUCGGCGAGUUCGAGGCCGGCAUCUCCAAGAACGGGCAGACCCGUGAGCACGCCCUUCUGGCCUACACCCUGGGCGUCAAGCAGCUGAUUGUUGGGGUCAACAAGAUGGAUUCCACCGAGCCCCCCUACAGCCAGAAGCGAUAUGAAGAGAUCGUCAAGGAAGUCAGCACCUACAUCAAGAAGAUUGGCUACAACCCGGACACCGUGGCCUUCGUGCCGAUCUCUGGCUGGAACGGAGACAACAUGCUGGAGCCCAGCUCCAACAUGCCCUGGUUCAAGGGGUGGAAGGUGACCCGCAAGGAUGGCAGUGCCAGUGGCACCACCCUGCUCGAGGCUCUGGACUGCAUCCUGCCGCCCACACGCCCCACGGACAAGCCUCUGCGCCUGCCCCUGCAGGACGUCUACAAGAUCGGCGGCAUCGGCACGGUGCCGGUGGGCCGCGUGGAAACCGGCGUCCUGAAGCCGGGCAUGGUGGUGACCUUCGCCCCCGUCAACGUCACCACUGAGGUCAAGUCCGUGGAGAUGCACCACGAGGCCCUGGCCGAGGCCCUGCCCGGGGACAACGUCGGCUUCAACGUCAAGAACGUGUCGGUGAAGGACGUGCGGCGCGGCAACGUGGCCGGGGACAGCAAGAACGACCCUCCCAUGGAGGCCGCCGGCUUCACCGCCCAGGUCAUCAUCCUGAACCACCCCGGGCAGAUCAGCGCCGGCUACGCCCCGGUGCUGGACUGCCACACCGCGCACAUCGCCUGCAAGUUCGCCGAGCUGAAGGAGAAGAUCGACCGGCGCUCCGGCAAGAAGCUGGAGGACGGGCCCAAGUUCCUCAAGUCCGGGGACGCCGCCAUCGUGGACAUGAUCCCUGGCAAGCCCAUGUGUGUGGAGAGCUUCUCUGAUUACCCUCCUCUUGGCCGCUUCGCCGUGCGCGACAUGAGGCAGACGGUUGCCGUGGGGGUCAUCAAGGCGGUGGACAAGAAGGCUGGCGGCGCUGGCAAGGUCACAAAGUCUGCCCAGAAGGCCCAGAAGGCUAAAUGAAAAUUCUGUGCAUCAGCUGCCACCUCGGUCCUGCUCAGUGGUGGAAGAAGGGUCUCAGAACUGCUUGUCCCAAUUGGCCAUUUCAGCUCCAUAGUCAAAGACUGGUUGAUGAUUCCAAUGCACCGUAAGAGCUUCAGGAGGAAAGGAAUGUUGGUGCACCCUUGGUUUGCCUGGCAGUUUAAGUUAUUAGUCUUUAAGGAUUAAACAAACACAAAGCCACACACCCCAAAAAUUGAUUGG